AUGUUAAUGUUAUCAUUUCGUAAUGAUGUAGAUUACUGGUUCCUCGACGAUGUUAGUGUUAACGAGAUCGGCAACACGACAAAUUUAAUCGUCAACGGCGGGUUCGAGACAGGUGACAUAACAGGAUGGGAUUACACAGACCCUUAUGCAGCAUCAUACACUGGUACGGCGACAACUAUGGAUUAUUAUACUGGAGCGUAUUCUUAUACUGGUGGAGAAUCGUAUGCCGCCGAUUUCAUAAGUCAAACAUUUAAUGUAACAAUAGGAGCAGUGUACGAUGUGUCUUAUUGGCUCGAAGUGACAGGAACAGACGGCGGUUAUUCGAUAGUAAAUAUAACAAUAAAACCAUGGGCGACUUGUAUGAAAGCCAUUAUGACAUACUAAACUUGAAACAAACGUUCUUGAUUAUGCUGCUUAGGUCAUACCGAAAGUAUAUAUCAGAGCUCCGUACGGACUGAACUCAAACUCAGAAUUUUAAGUCCAUACGGAGCUAUAUAUAUAAAAUGAAAAAACAAAAAUGAAGAAGUUGGUGCACAGAUUCGAACUCUGUAUGUAAAGGUUAAUAAUCUUCUCGGUAUGUCACUAUACCACAGGAAUACACAACUUAAAAUAUAGGUUGUUCGUUGUGUUCUGAUUAAUUAGCGAAUUGACUUCAAGAAGUUUAAAUAGAUUAGUGUAAUUAGGAUUAUUGUCCAUUGAAGAAAGCAUUUCUGACAGUUCAACGUAGACACAAAGGUAUGUAAAAUUAAUUUUUCAAUGUUUUUUCUUCGUGGUACAAUGUUCGAAAAUGCUUUCUUCACACUGAAAGUUUAAAAAUAAUAGAAAAUACUGCAUUUUCAACCUAAACGAAGCUUUCCUAACUUGGUUCAAGAUGUACUGGAAGUUAAAUUUUGAAUAUCGAGUUGACACAGUGUAUUGCCAUAAAACUGAUUCACACAGAUUGACCCGUUCCAAAACGUGUUUACGGGACAAACUAGUUGAAGUAGUGGAAGUUAAAUUUUACAUAUUAUUGUCUGUAGGUUCAACUCUGAGAAAUGGUUCUUCAUCGAAAACCAAGUUACUGUAAUUUUACCUAAUAUUAAAACAUUCAUCGU